AGCAGGGGCCCCGGACGGCUAGCGGCUCGAGUGGUUCGGGGCACUCGGGAGGUCCCGGAGGAGGACUAGAGAUGUCCUGUCUGUGCCGCCUCCUGCUCACGUACCUGUUCCCGGCCCUGCUGCUUCACGGGCUGGGAGAGGGUUCGGCCCUCCUUCAUCCAGAUAGCAGAUCACAUCCUAGGUCCUUAGAGAAAAGUGCCUGGAGAGCAUUCAAGGAAUCACAGUGUCAUCACAUGCUCAAACAUCUCCACAAUGGUGCACGGAUCACUGUGCAGAUGCCACCAGCAAUCGAGGGCCACUGGGUGUCCACUGGCUGUGAAGUGAGGUCAGGCCCAGAGUUCAUCACAAGGUCUUACAGAUUCUACCACAAUAACACCUUCAAGGCCUAUCAGUUCUAUUAUAGUGGCAACCGCUGUACAAGCCCCACCUACACACUCAUCAUCCGGGGCAAGAUCCGCCUGCGCCAGGCCUCCUGGAUCAUCCGUGGGGGCACAGAAGCUGACUAUCAGCUGCACAGUGUGCAGGUCAUCUGCCACACGGAGGUGGUUGCCGAGAGACUCAGCCAGUUGGUGAACCGCACGUGCCCUGGCUUCAUCCCUGCUGGAGGUGCCUGGGUGCAGGAUGUGCCCUACGACCUAUUGCAGGAGGAAGAUGGCUGUGAGUGCACCAGGGCCGUGAACUUCGCAAUGCAUGAGCUGCAGCUGCUCCGGGUGGAGAAGCAGUACCUGCAGCACCACCUGGACCGCCUGGUGGAGGAGCUCUUCCUUGGGGACAUCCAUACUGAUGCCUCUCAGAGGACAUUCUACAGGCCAUCCAGUUACCAGCCCCCACUGCAGAAUGCAAAGAACCACGACCAUGCCUGCAUAGCCUGUCGAAUCAUCCACCGGUCAGAUGAGCAUCACCCUCCCCUCCUGCCCCCCAAGGCUGACCUCACUGUUGGCCUGCACGGUGAAUGGGUGAGCCAGCGCUGUGAGGUGCGGCCCGAAGUCCUCUUCCUCACACGCCACUUCAUCUUCCAUGACAACAAUAACACCUGGGAAGGGCAUUAUUACCACUACUCCGACCCUGUCUGCAAGCACCCCACCUUCACCAUCUAUGCCAAGGGCCGUUACAGCCGGGGCGUGCACUCCUCCAGGGUCAUGGGAGGAACCGAGUUUGUAUUCAAAGUGAAUCACAUGAAGGUCACCCCCAUGGACGCAGCCACAGCCUCACUCCUCAACGUCUUCAAUGGGAAUGAAUGUGGGGCCGAGGGCUCCUGGCAGGUGGGCGUCCAGCAGGAUGUGACCCAUACCAAUGGCUGUGUGGCACUGGGAAUCAAACUACCUCACACGGAAUACGAGAUCUUCAAAAUGGAACAGGACACCCGCGGCCACUAUCUGUUGUUCAAUGGCCAGAGACCCAGUGACGGAUCCAGUCCAGACAGGCCUGAGAAGAGAGCCACAUCCUAUCAGAUGCCCCUAGUCCAGUGUGCUUCCUCUGUACCCCGGCCUGAGGACUUCCCCGAGGACCACAGGGCCCAACUGUAUGGGAGCCGGGCACCUAGGAGGAGCACUUGUCCCUGGUUCUGUACUGCGUUCGCCUGCCUUUUGACUCUGCUACACUGGAAUGUCCCCAGAUAGAAAUUUUUUUAAAGUUAUAUUUUUCCAUCCAGGUUUCCUUACAAUUUAAGUUUUGGUUUUUUUUUUCCUUGUGAAGAGAGGACACUUCUUUUGUUGCACUUGAGUGCCGGAGAACUGUCGGGCCCUUUCCCCUCCAUCUCGCCUCUCCCUCUCAGCCUGAGUCAGGAGCAGCACUAUUUGAAGUUUCUGCUUUGAACUCUAUCCAGUUGGAUCCCUGGCCUGGGUGCCUUCACAAUAGUAAUUGCACUUUAAGACCACAGAGUGUCUGGGGCUAGUGUGUUUGGUAAAGAGAGCAGGGUGAAAGCUAGGUUCUCUUCUUUUCUUCCUCUUAAUUAUUGUUUCUGAUUUGGACUUAGAAGAAAUGAAUAUCAAGCUACAUCUUUUUUAUUGUGGUUGCUUCCUAUCCCCCUUUGAAAUUGUUUCCUCUCCGAGUUUUACAACCUGGAAUCCAGUGCAGAGUUGCUUUGGGACUGCAAUCAAGACACCUUUUAUUAAUAAAGAAGAGACUUGGGUGUAGAUAUGUACAUAGAGAAAGACAUACAAUUUAGCUUAACCACCUUGACAGCCUUUAUACAAAAAAGAAGAGAAUCCAAACUUUCAAAUGCUGAGUGGAAAAGUACCUGAAAUUAAAGUUUCAAAGUAAUUUAAACUAUUGUUGUUUUAGCUUGUUGAGAAAAGAUGAUGGUUAGAUGCUGUUUUUUGGGUGGUUGGGGAAUGCAUGCUGCUUUCCUACCUGCUGAGGAGACAAGGGCAGCUGAGCAAAUAUCAAAAGCAGUCCUGUUAUCGGACAGACAGGAACAUGGGAUGGUGACAAGUAUUAAAUGCCACAUGAAUAACAAAGUGCCCACUGGUUCCACAGUUUCCUCUUCUUAGGACACUUGUCUUGGCUCAUGCUGUGUCUAGUCAGGAGUGAGCACAUGGCACUUCACCGUGGCAUCUCUGCCCUUGUCAGAGAUGAAUACUCAUCACACUUCGGUGUUUAAGGGCCUGGCUGGUCAAAGAGAGUGCAGCGGGGGCUUCCAAGCUGGGUAUUCCAUUAGGCUCCUGACUUGUGUGAAACCCAGGCUUUAUGUACAGUCCUUACCUUGGGACAUGCCAGUUUGACUCAGUUUCUGUCCUGCCAUUGCCUUGGCUUUGUCACUGCAGAGGGUCUCAGGGUCACCAUAUGCAGACUCUGUGAGCUGCUUUCUCACAGACAAGGGGAAGGUGCAUGAAUCAUGUCUGCCCAUUACUCUGGAUUAUUAUAAAUGGUGCUAUCUGAACACCAAGUGUUAUUGCCAGUAAAGACUGAUAGAGGAAAAUAAUGAGUAACUGAAAAUCCUGAAUGUAGCUAAAAGUGAACAUGGAAACCAUGAUCAAGUCCAAGAGUCAUGCUUGUAUUUAAGAAAUAAAUUUAUGAAAUACUGUAGCAUUCAAUGUGGUGUUAAGUUAUAAGGAUGGCAUGGAGCAGUGAAGUGCUAUAUGUUGAGAUUAUAUUUUAAGUUGUGGUACAUACUAAGUGGGUUUAUUCAAAUGAAAAUACUAACUUAAUAUCUGCUAAGUUUCAUAAACAAAGAUGUCAAAAUACUCCCAGAAAAAAAAAUUUACCUGUGGAUCCAUUUAAGUAAUACUAAUGCUAUCUUUAAAAAAUAUAAUAAAAUUAUGUGAAAAACUUUGUUCACUGCUAAA